GCAAGACAUCUGUAUAUUUGUGACUUCCAUAAAAACUUAAUUCAGAGUGUGAGGAAUAGAAGAAAGAGGAAAGGCAGUGAUGACGAUGGUGACUCACCAGUACAAGACAUCGACACUCCAGAGGUGGACUUAUAUCAGUUACAAGUAAACACACUUCGAAGGUACAAAAGGCACUUCAAGCUACAGACCAGACCAGGACUUAACAAAGCACAGCUCGUUGAAAUAAUUGGCUGCCAUUUUAGGACAAUUCCAGUGAAUGAAAAGGACACCUUAACAUAUUUCAUCUACUCGGUGAAGAAUGACAAGAACAAACCAGAUCUAAAGAUGGAUAGUGGGGUUCAUUAGACAGAAAAGGUUGGGACUGAGACUCAGACUGCAAAUCAAAAGACUGAGGGUUUUUGUUGAUAUGCAAAAGCUUUCUUUGUAACAUUUUUUUUUUUUCCCCCCAGAGAGUCUAUCUCUGUUUUAUUUUUUCAUAACCUUGCUGAUUUGUUUGAAAACCAUCUCUUAUGAAACAAAUUUCCUCAGCAAAAGUAUUUUAAAUAAAUAUCACUGAUAUUGUUGCUCAA